UUCCUUCAUGCAUGCAAUGUCCUGAUCCGAUCGCGUCUGACCUUUUCGUUUUUAAACACAAAACCCGAGAUUUUUGUCAGUGUCCGGCAUGGGAGAUCAGAAAGAGCCGCCGAUGGUGCACCGAUCUACUUCAUUUAGUAUCAAGAGUCUGCUGCUUCCCUCAAAAUGUGACAAACAGGACUCGGUGCUCCCAGAAAAAAACACUGUUUCUUCGGGUUCUGAUUCGGAAAAAUCUCUGGAUCCUGAUAUGGAAUCUGCACCUUUGGACCCAGAGAAACCGAAGGAGGAGGACGAGGGUACCGAGCGGGCGACAGAGCCUAGCAAAAAUGGGAAAUAUGAUAAACCGCCAUUCAGCUACAACGCCUUGAUUAUGAUGGCUAUCAGACAGAGUCCUGAGAAGAGACUGACUCUGAACGGUAUCUAUGAGUUUAUCAUGAAGAACUUUCCAUAUUACCGGGAGCACAAGCAAGGCUGGCAAAACUCUAUCCGCCACAACUUGAGCCUCAAUAAGUGUUUUGUGAAAGUGCCAAGGCAUUACGACGACCCGGGCAAAGGGAACUACUGGAUGUUGGACCCUUCGAGCGACGAUGUGUUUAUUGGUGGAACUACGGGAAAACUUCGGAGACGCUCUGCUACCUCAAGGGGUAAGCUGGCGAUGAAACGGGGACUACGCUUUGCGCCUCUCAGUUUGGGAAUAAACGACAGGGCGAACAACCCUCUGUAUUGGCAAAUCUCGCCGUUUUUAUCGUUGCACCAUCCCCAUUACAAUGGAUCAUCAGCAGGAUUUCUGAACCAAGGGCACGCGUAUGGGUCUCUACUCCCCGGGGUGGACCAGCUGAGUAACGGGGACCUUACACGCCAUCUAGGUGGAUCUGUCGGUGCUCUAGGUUUGUCAAACAGUUACGGUGUAAGCACGUCUGGGCUACUAUCGGGACAGAGUGGCUACUUUGUCUCAGGGAGCCAGCACCCGCCGCCGCAUCUCCAGCAGAGCGCGCAGGGCUACGGUGUGCCGACGAGCUCGCCACAAACACUGAUCUCGAACUCUCUAAGAACGUCCCUACCGUCUUUUUCACCGGGAAUUUCUAGCGGGUUUCCAGGAGUGUUGUCCCAUCAAAAGAGGGUCACUCCAAAUGCUUUCUUAAACUGACUGCACAACUACAACAUGGGGAGGACAUAUAAAAGCACCAUAUAAAUGGCAAUUGUAGGGUAAACAAACAGUGAUCACAAAUUAGGUCAGAAACAAUAAUUCCUCAAAACAAAUAUGGCCAUAGUAGCCUAUGUAUCCUGAAGUGCAACGAUUUAUUAUUUUGCGUUGAAGGACAAACUUUGUUACCUGUGGGUUGUAAAAUGUAACUAUAGACUUGCCAAAGGUAACUUUAUUUCGGGCUAUUUAUAUCGUACAGAUUUUCAUUAUUUGAAUAAUUUAUUUAUGUUUUGUAUUUAUUGUACAAUGUAUUUACAUUUUAUUGUCAGUGUAUUCAUCAGUAGGCAUAUUGAAUAAAAAACAUACAGCUUUAUUCAUUAUUUAUAUGAAAAUUAAUUUAGAAAUCGUUUUGGGGGGAAACGUCAUACAGAUCAGGGUUAAGACCCGCGGGAGAAAAUAAAAGCCUACAAAAGUCAUAUCUUCUCAGGUUCUCUGUCCAGAGACUCCAAUGUAGGCUACUGCUGUAGACCUAUCUGUAAUGUAUGCUACACAUUUUAGAGAGAAGUAGAGUUUUGUGUGUACUCUUAAAUUAAUGAUGGCCUAUUUUGUCAUCUGUUUUGUUGAUGGGGCCGAAAUAAGCACAUGUAGAUUAAAGAACACAACAGUGCAGGCCUCCUCCUCGUAUGAGGACUACCUACGUCUUUCAUAUAACGCACUUGAGGUUUCAGUUUCUCGUUAAAACCAGUUCCGGUUGUCUUGACCCUUGCCAUGUUUGAUAAAGGUGUUAUAGGCUACUGCCUAUUCAGGUCUGCAAGUUAAGUGUCUGAUCAUUUAGUCCUAUUACAUCAAACACACAUUUGGCAAACAGACGUAUAAUAUCCACACCAAUAUAGCAUUUAUCAUCUAAAACAGUGGUUCCUAUUUUUUUCUUAGUCACGUCUACACCUUACAAUUAUACACAAUACGAUAAGGCCUACCAGCUUCCUAUGUAUAACCCUGACAAAAUGACAAAAAUGUAAUAUGCCCAUGUGUGGGGCGGCAGGUAGCCUAGCGGAGCGUUGGGCCAGUAAACGAAAGGAUGCUGGUUCCAAUCUCCGAGUCGACUAGGUGAAAAAUCUGUCGAUGUGCCCCUGAGCAUAAUAACGUAACCCUACUUGCUCUUGUAAAUCGCUUUGGAUAAGAGCGUCUGCUAAAUGACUAAAAUUGUUUUUUUUAGUUUUUUUUUUAAAGUAAAAAGUAAAUAUAUCUUGUAAAUUAAGACUAUACUCUGAGCUGUAAAUUGCCUUACGCUUUCAGUAAUAGGCUAUAUCCAACCUCACAUUCUCAGAAUAAUGGUUUGAUAUAGUCUAGGCCUAUUCAAAUAAAUAGAACAACAUCCUUCAUCACUGCUACUUCUGGAAUCUGGUUUGCAUAACACUGGGGUUAGGCCUACAGAACCACAGUUUGGCAAACGCUGAUCCAAAUAAAUAACAUUCUGCAUUGUUUUUGUAAUAACCUGUUAAUUAAGAUUCCAUUAUCCAAUAGGCCUAUUUACAAGCAAAAUAGUAUAAUAUUCAGGAGAGUAAUGGGCUGAUUCACACACAUUUUGGCCUAACAUUUUACAGAUUUCUUUCCUUUGUUGGAAAGACUAUAUACAGGUUUAUUUAUGUCACAACAUUGUAUUUUGGAUGUUGACGAUUUUUUUGUAAAUGUUCUUUCAAAGUUUUGCACUUUUUGUUGUUAGAAUAGGCCUACCUAAUGUAUGAGUAUUGUCUGUUUUUG